AUGGUCGCGGAGAUCGUCAGUGGACUCGAAUACUCGAAGAAAGUUCUUCAUGAUGUUGGCGAGAAAAUUGCAAAGACACGUGAACACCAUCCACAUUUCGAGGCGGUUUUGGCUAUUGUACAGGUCGGCAACCGUUCAGACUCCAAUGUGUACAUCAACGCAAAACUCAAAAAAGCUCAGGAAAUCGGAGCUCACGGAAAGCUCAUCAAACUUCCAGACACUAUUACACAAGGAGAUUUGAAGCGCGAGAUUAUGGCAUUGAACCAUGACAACAAUAUCGACGGAAUCAUUGUUCAGCUCCCACUAGACUGCAAACACGAAAUCGACGCCGACUACAUCAUUGACCUUAUCGACCCACUGAAAGAUGUGGAUGGUCUUACCCGUAUCAAUGCUGGCCGACUUGCUCGUGGAGAGCUUCAGCGAACAAUCUUCCCUUGCACUCCAUUCGGAUGUCUGUACCUAGUUCAACAAGCCACGGGGAACCCAAACUUUGUUUCUGGAAAGGAAGUGGUUGUGUUGGGACGGUCGAAAAUUGUUGGGUCACCAGCAGCCGCUCUGUUCUUGUGGCACCAUGGAACUGUGACAAUUUGUCACUCAAAGACUCCAAACAUCAAGGAGAAGUGCUUGAGAGCUGAUAUUCUGAUCGUUGCCAUUGGAAAGAAACAUUUUGUCAAAGCCGAUUGGAUUAAACCAGGGGCAUUCGUUAUUGACUGCGGAAUCAACGUUGGUGAAGAUCCAACAUCUCGCAAAAUCUACGGAGAUGUUGACACGGAGGCCGCCAAGGAAGUCGCCGGGUACUUGACUCCAGUUCCAGGAGGUGUCGGACCGAUGACCGUGGCGAUGCUUAUUCGCAACACUUACGAACAAGCGAAAAGAAGACGUCUCGCCGGGAAGGAAGCAAAUAGCACCUGGAAUGUCGAGUACUUGAAACCAACUCUUCUCCAACCCGUCCCAUCGGACAUCGCAAUUUCUAGAGCUCAACCACCAAAGGACAUUGAGAAGGUUGCCGGAGAAGUUGGAAUCCAUCCAGAUGAACUGGACCUCUACGGUCGCAAGAAAGCAAAAGUCUCCCUCGACAUUCUCGAAAGACUUAACGAUGUGAAAAACGGAAAAUAUGUGGUUGUCGCCGGAAUUACUCCAACGCCACUUGGAGAAGGAAAGUCUACUACAACAAUCGGAUUAGUCCAAGCUCUUGGAGCUCAUCUCCACAAAAAUGUGUUCGCAUGCGUGCGUCAGCCAUCUCAAGGACCAACAUUUGGAAUCAAGGGAGGAGCUGCCGGUGGUGGAUACUCUCAAGUCAUUCCAAUGGAGGAGUUCAACCUUCACUUGACCGGAGAUAUCCAUGCAAUCACUGCUGCCAACAACCUUCUUGCUGCUGCAAUUGACGCUAGAAUGUUCCAUGAGUCAACACAACCAACUGAUGCUCUUUUCAACAGAUUGGCUCCAAAGAACAAACAAGGUGUUCGCCCACUCUCCGAAAUCCAACUCCGCCGUCUCGACCGUCUUGGAAUUCCACGUGUUGCUGAUGCCGAGCACCUCAGUGAAGAACAAAGAGUUAGCUUCGCCCGUCUGAACAUUGACCCACCAACGAUCACCUGGAACCGUGUCAUGGAUACAAAUGACAGAUUCCUGAGAAAAAUUGAGAUUGGAUUGGGACCAAAUGAGAAGGGACAUACUCGUACUACUCAAUUCGAUAUCACUGUUGCUAGUGAGCUCAUGGCUAUCCUCGCCUUAACCACAUCUCUAGCCGACAUGCAACAAAGAAUCGCUCGAAUUGUAAUUGGAUCAGACAAAGCAGGAAACCCAGUCACUGCCGAUGAUAUCGGAGUCACUGAUGCGUUGACUGUUCUCAUGAGGGAUACCGUCCGUCCAAAUCUUAUGCAAACUUUGGAAGGAACACCAGUUUUCGUUCAUGCAGGACCAUUCGCCAACAUUGCUCAUGGACAAAGCAGUAUUCUCGCAGACAAAGUGGCCUUGAAACUUGUCGGACAAGACGGAUUUGUCAUCACUGAAGCUGGAUUUGGAGCUGACAUUGGAAUGGAGAAGUUUUUCAACAUCAAAUGUCGUUAUUCCGGACUUCAACCAUCCGCAGUAGUUCUAGUGGCCACUGUGCGGGCACUCAAAAUGCACGGAGGUGGACCAGCAGUGGUGGCUGGAGCACCAUUGAAACACGAAUACCUCGACGAGAACAUUCCACUCGUUGAAGGAGGAUGCGACUCUAAUUUGAGAAAACAAAUCGAGAACGCUAACAAAUUUGGAAUCCCAGUCAUUGUCUGCGUCAACAAGUUUGCAACUGACACUGAUAAGGAAUUGGAACUUGUCUGCUCCAAGGCGAAAUCAUACGGAGCUUUCGACGCUGUUGUCUCCGAACAUUGGUCUCAAGGAGGGGCCGGAGCAGUUGCUCUUGCCGAGUCCUUGGUACAUGCUACUGAAGGACCUGCAAAGGAUUUCAAGUUCCUUUAUAACCUGGAAAUGUCCUUAGAAGACAAGAUUGCUACAAUCGCCAAGGAAAUCUAUGGUGCUGAUGGAAUCGAACUUUCCGAUGAGGCAAAAGAGAAAUUGGAGAGAUACACCAGACAAGGAUUCUCCAAGCUACCAAUCUGUAUGGCCAAAACUCAUUUGUCGUUGUCUUCGGACCCAACAAAGAAGGGAGCUCCAACCGGCUUCACACUCCCAAUCCGCGACGUCCGCGCUUCUGUCGGAGCCGGUUUCAUCUACCCACUUGUCGGAGAGAUGACCACAAUGCCAGGACUCAACACUCGUCCAUGCUUCUAUGAUAUCACUAUUGACCCAGUCACUGAAAUUAUCGAUGGACUCUUCUAA